CGUGCCCCGCGUGAGCCGCGCGCCCGCAACGACACUGUAAAUGACCUACCCGACAGGUGCCCGAAUGAGUGUAAUAUAAAGUGUCAGUGAAGUGUUAAAGUGCAAGUGAUGUUUAGUAUGAGGUGAUAGAACAAUAAAUGAGUAAUAAUGUAUCGACCGAAUUUUUAUGAAAGUACGUGCUUUCGUUGCAACGAGAUUGUGUAUCAGGUGGAUAGGGUCGGUCCGUUGAAGGAUUUCACCUUUUUCCAUAGUGGCUGCUUCAAAUGUGCCGUCUGCGGGACCAAGUUGACUUUGAAGACAUACUACAAUAACCAGCACUGGACAGAAGACAAAGAAGUCUACUGUUCCAGUCAUGUGCCUAAGAUUGGGCCUGGACAUCUGGACAACUCCUCUGUGGGCAUACGCAGUGCACUGAAUGUGCCCAAGAGUAACAAUUAUGUCAACGAACAGAUUCGAGGACACGCCAGAAAUAGCCACGAUAAUGAAUUCCUAUCAGCAGUAUCCCCAACUCGCACCACAAACGGCGGCAGUGCGCAUGCGUCGCCUGCGCGGGAAUUGUCCCGCGACACUCCCGACUACCAAUAUGGCCGGUUUGACGCAAGCGCACUCCACAUUGCACAUGCGCUCAAACAGACAGAACUGCAGAAAGCGUAUCAUAGACCCAGGGAGAAGCCCAUCGAUUGUUACUUGGAUCGUGAUGAACAGACUAAAUUAGAAAUGAAACAUCGACAAGAAGAAGACGACCUGUACAGAAAAUUCUCCAAACAUCGAGAGGAAGAGAACAGAAGAAUACGAGACGAAAUACAGGAUGAAUGGGAGCGUGAACUAGAGAGACUAACGAGCAGAUUCCAACAAGAGAUGCAAGUAAAGAAGAGAAGGCCGGACUCCGAGAUAGGAGCCCUCACGUUACGUCACCAGCAGGAGAGAGCCGACUUAGAGAAGAAUAUGACACUAAGAAGGGACAAGAAGAAAGAGAGCUUGACGCGGAAGAUGUUGGAACAUGAGAGAGCGGCAACAGCGGCUCUAGUAGAGAAACAAAGUCACGAGAUGAUGGAGCUGAUCCAGGAGCGUCGGUCCGAGUAUAUGGCGGCAUCAUCCUUGUUCGUGGACGGUGAAGAGGCACCGCCUUACCCUGCCCGCGCCCCACCGCCUCAACCCCCGCUCGUCUCUAAGUUCCAUAUCUACACAGACCCCGCCGAAUUCGCUGAUGUUGAUAAGAUUGCUAUUUCGGUGGCACAAGAAGACCAAAAAACCUUUACGGAUCUAGUCCGACAGCUAGUAGGUAGAUGCGCAAGUGACGUUGAGAAGGCGAGGACCAUAUUCCGCUGGAUCACUGUCAAGAACCUGAACAACAUUCAAUUUGAUGACAACCUUCGGGGAGACUCACCGCUAGGACUGCUCAGAGGCAUUAAACAUGGCACUGAAAGUUACCACGUUCUGUUUAAAAGAUUGUGCAGCUAUGCAGGUCUCCACUGUGUGGUGAUCAAAGGCUACAGUAAAUCUGCAGGCUACCAGCCAGGAGUGCGCUUCGAAGACAACAGAUUCCGUAAUUCUUGGAACGCAGUAUUCGUGGCUGGAGCGUGGCGUUUCGUUCAGUGCAAUUGGGGAGCCAGGCAUCUGGUCAACGCUAAGGAUGCGCCGAAACCGGGCAAUAGAGGGAAGAGUGAUAGCUUAAGAUAUGAAUACGAUGAUCAUUACUUCUUGACGGACCCUCGGGAGUUCAUCUACGAGUUCUUCCCGCUGCAGCCUGACUGGCAGCUGCUGAAGACGCCCAUCACUCUGCAUGACUUUGAGGAACUGCCCUUCGUCAGAUCGCUGUUCUUCAGAUAUGGAUUGUACUUCAGUGAUCCUAACACGAAGGCUGUCAUGUUUACUGAUUCGACUGGUGCGGCGACUAUGCGUAUAGCCAUGCCAGCACACAUGCAGAGCUCGCUCAUCUUCCACUACAACCUCAAGUUCUACGACACGGAGGGAGACGGCUUCGAUGGCGUCAGUCUCAAGAGAUUCGUCAUGCAGUCGGUGGUGGGCAACGUGGUAUCAUUCCGUGUGCACGCGCCUUGCAGCGGUGCAUUCCUGCUGGACAUAUUCGCGAACGCCGUCACACCCAGGGAAUACCUUACCGGAGAACCCAUGAAGUUCAAGAGCGUUUGCAAAUUCAAGAUUUGCUGUGCGGAGCUACAAACAGUGAUGGUGCCGCUCCCAGACUGCGCGAGCGGCGAGUGGGGACCCACGAAAGCUACCAGACUCUUUGGACUCGUACCUAUAACGCAUCAGGAAGCGUUAGUGUUCGCGGGUCGUGAGCUUGAGAUCCAGUUCCGCAUGUCGCGCCCCCUGGCGGACUUCAUGGCGACUCUGCACAAGAACGGUGUGGACGAGAAGAGGCUCUCCAAGUACGUCCAGCAAAACGUAUCCGAUGACAUCGUCUCCUUCUAUAUCACGUUCCCUGAAGAAGGUCAAUAUGGUCUGGACAUCUACACGCGAGAGCGCGGCGGUCCCACAGCUAUCCACCAAAACGGUUCCACGGAGAAAGAGAAGCACCUCCUCACACACUGCUGCAAAUACCUCAUCAACAGCAGCAAGAGGAACUAACGAGUUAUUCAGUAAUAUACUUUAUUUUUAAGUAUUUAAGUUCGAAUUUGCGUUAUCAUCACAAAAGUGUUAGCAGUUUGGUUCGUCACAAACUGUAAUCUUGUUUUUGUUACUUUACGCGUUUGAAAAUGCGACUCGAUUCUUUGGUUAAGAAUGGAUUUGCCAGAAUGUACGUACAUGAUACAUAAAUAUGUACGAUCAUAACUCCCGAAUGACUGCAUUAAAUUGGAUAAUAGGUCGGUCGGGGAACUGCACCCGUACAAAGGCCAGAGCAAGCAGCUAGUUUGCAAUAUAAAUUAUGAAAUGAAUUCAGUGGGAUUCAAAAACUAAAGACAAACCAAACCAGGUUAUCAGAAAACGCAUAAGUAAUCUAUAUAUAUAAAAUUCAAAGGUGAUUGACUGACUGACUGAUUGACUGACUGACAUAGUGAUCUA